ACAACUUUAUAUGGCUCAUGUCUGACAACAUGCACCACCAGUGGCUGCUGCUUGCUGCAUGCUUUUGGGUGAUAUUCAUGUUCAUGGUUGCUAGCAAGUUUAUCACGUUGACUUUUAAAGACCCAGAUGGCUAUGGUGCCAAGCAAGAGCCAUUGAUACUGACAGCUGUGACAAAAGUGGAGGAGGUACAUGUGCCAGAGGAAAAACAUUGGCCUGAAGAAUUCCAGCCAACUGGAAAAGCUUUUUCUGGAAAUCUGAUCCAUCAACCCCUGGUUCAUAUGGAAAGACUUGAGCUUCUCAGGAAUGUCUGCAGAGACACUGCAUUGAGAAAUCUCUCUCACACUGCAGUUUCCAAAUUCGUCUUGGACCGAAUAUUUGUGUGUGACAAGCACAAGAUCCUGUUUUGUCAGACGCCAAAAGUGGGCAACACUCAGUGGAAAAAAGUCUUGAUCGUUUUAAAUGGAGCAUUUUCUUCCAUAGAGGAGAUCCCAGAAAAUAUUGUACAUGAUCAUGAGAAGAAUGGCCUUCCACGUUUGUCCUCCUUCAGUGACUCUGAAAUUAAAAAACGACUGAGUUUAUACUUCAAGUUUUUUAUUGUUAGAGAUCCAUUUGAAAGACUUAUUUCUGCAUUUAAAGACAAGUUUGUGCACAAUCCUCGGUUUGAACCUUGGUACCGGCAUGAAAUUGCUCCUGGCAUUAUUCGUAAAUAUAGAAAGAAUCGCACAGAGACCAAAGGGCUGCAGUUCGAGGAUUUUGUACGCUAUCUGGGUGACCCUAACCACCGAUGGCUGGAUGUUCAGUUUGGUGACCACAUCAUUCAUUGGGUAACAUAUGUGGAACUUUGCGCCCCCUGUGAAAUCACCUAUAGUGUGAUCGGACACCAUGAAACCCUGGAGGACGAUGCUCCGUAUAUCUUGAAAGCAGCCGGCAUAGACCAUCUGGUAUCAUACCCCACGAUUCCACCAGGCAUAACAGUGUACAACAAAACAAAAGUAGAGCGGUAUUUUUCAGGAAUUAGCAAGAGAGACAUAAGACGCCUCUACGCACGGUUUGAAGGCGAUUUUAAACUUUUUGGUUAUCGGGAGCCAGAUUUCUUGCUUAACUGACACCUAGGAUAAGCUCUGAAGAAAUGUCUCAUGGAUUAAUCUAAACCUCCGUGAAUACCAGCUGCAACACUGACAGAGAUGAGAAUGACCAUUUGUUUCCUAGCUUUUUGAUGUUGCUCCAUUUUUCAGUGAAAUAUUUGUCAUAUGAACAAGUAGGGGCUUGUAGUUGUUGUUUACUGACCAUGUUUUCAAUAUGUGACAUUGAAAUCUGUUAGGAAUGAAGUCUCUGUUAUCUGAAAUACAGAAUUCCACUUCUCCCAUUUCCCUCCAGGAAAAAACAAGGAGAAUGAAUGGGCUAUGAUCUUCCUCUCCCUCUCCUAGACAGCACGCCAUUUUUUAAAUGUUGUGAAGUAUUUAUAAAGAUGGCAAUUUCACUGCAGGUUAACUCUGACGUGGGUGAACUUCAUGAUUCAUGCUCAUGAGAAAGGCAUGUCGUCUCCCAUGAGCUUUGAAAAUGAGAGGCCAGUACAGGACUAAAAAUUGAUUAAAUGCUUGACAAGUAAAAUCACCUAGGCUGCUAUAACAACAGUAACGCUGAUCUAAUCCCGUUUUUGUUUGUCACAAAAUGAACCUAAUUAGACAGAAGCUAUAGAGGUGUUAAAAAUAGGACUGGUUCCAGAGUCCAGUUGUCUUUGUAUUUUUGUCAAGUCUUUACUGUACUACUACUGGUCUAUUGAGCCUCAUAAUUCUACUUUUGAUUUUCAAAAUAUUAUUUAACUCUUGGCUAUGUAAGUUAUCUGAGAACACCAGGUGCAAAUGGAGCAUAGAAGAAAUAUGAAACUGCUAGAGAAACUUUAAGGAAAAUUAAUUUAAAAUGAAGUAUUAAUUGUAUUUGCGGGAGCACAUAUAGAAGUCAUAAGAUGCUCUCUAAAUAUCACACAUUUUAACUUGGUUUUUCUUCUAACAGUUAAGAUUAAUAAAGAAGCCAGAAAAGCGAGGU